AUGCAGGUUUUCAGUGAAAGAGAUCCAAAUUCAAAUGUUGUGACAAGAUCACAAAUUGAUUCUCAUAAUUUUAACCAAGAGACAUUAUCACAAAUUGCCGAAUCAUCAAUUGUACCACCAGAUGAUUCUUACAAAAUUAUAACUACAACAGAAUUAGAAUCACCAGAACAUGAAGAAUUGCUGAAUCAGGAUGUUUGUUUAAUAUGCUUUGAAGCAUACAGUGAUAGCCAUGAUAAUUUAGUUGAAUUACCUUGUGCUCAUAAAUUUCAUUAUAAAUGCUUCAUCAAGACUGGGAGAGCUAAUGGGCAUAGAAAUGAUGUUGAAAGACCAAAUAUGAAAUGUUGUACUUGUCAAUUAAGUUUAAUUCAGUACCAUCAAUAUCUUGUUGACUAUAAUUUGGAUCAUAAACAAGUUGAAUUUGUUAAUAAGUGA